UCCGUUCGGUUCGGCCCGCGACUUCGCAUCGUCAACUAUGCGUCAAAUCGAAAUGUCAUUGCGUAAAACAUAAAUAAACCAAACUCGCAUUGCCGAGUUCUACUUUAAUUCAAUUUUAAAACAACAGAACCUAUGAAAAAGUUCAAACUUAGAAACUGCAGUGCUUUUUAGUUAUUACCUCUGUGUUUUUAAAAAGUUAUUGUUCCAAAUUCAAAAAGUGCGAAUUGGGAAACCGAGUCAAAGUGUGAAGUUGUGAAUUGACCCAAAUUGUAUUGUGAGUUGUGACGUCAUUGUGUGUUUAUUUUUUUUUCGUAUCGCAUUUUCAAGAGUCGAGUGUUUUUAUUGAAAAAAAAAAAAGAGAAAUGUGAAACUGAAAGUGUUGUCUUCUAUUUAUUGGAUUUGAAUUUGGAAUGCAAUCGAAACCAAUAGCAGUUAAUUACAAACAAAACAAACAUUAAAAAUGUGAGUGAACUAUCAAAAACAAUGUGAAAAUUAACUAAAGAAAACAAUGGCGGGUACCCGAAACAUAACCGAGCCGCGCUCUACCGCCUACUACUACGCAGACCUUGAGAAAAUCAAGCGACAAAAUGGCGUAAGCCAAGAUGGUGGCAUCAAAGAUGGCCGUUACAUCCAAAAUGGCGGAUACAUUCAAAACAACAUCCAAGACCGACAAGACCAGAACUUAAACGAGCUUAGUGAAUACCUUGAGACCAAUGAGGUUGUAAAUGAUGGAGCGACUAAGGAAGUUCCCCCUCUAAGAGAUAGAUACAGCCCGGAGUACUCUACUCCAGAAAAUGGCGUCAAAAUUGGUGAAACUUACUCCACCGCUGGGACUUUCCCAAUGCCUGAGCCGAAGGAGAAGGAACCUUUGCUGGCUGAGUUGGAGAUUGUUGGAAGAGUUCCGUUGACUCAGCUGGAGUCGGGGUCGACGGUCAGGAGGAGUAGGAGCUGGUACUUGUGCUGUCCAGAUGUUGGGGAGGAGGAGGCUUGCAGGCAGUCCUCGUGGAGGUAUUCCAGUCUGCGCCCCGUCACUGCGCCCCCUGCGCCCCGACCAGAGGUGGCAACUCAGAGCAGCGGCCGUGUAGACGACGUAGCGACGCUGCGUGCGGAAAGGGACGCGCUGGUCCGCGCGCUGGCAUCGGAGAAGCAACGCGCGGCCGCACAGGCGCGCGCGCACGACGCGCGGCUCGCGGAGCUGCACGGCGUCAUCGCGGAGCUGGUGCGCAGGCGCGCCGCCGACAAGCUCAGCAAGGCCAUCCCUGAGGAGGAAGUGUCAGAUGAGUGUGAGUCCACAACACAGCCGGCCGGGGAGCUGGAGAACGACCCUGACAUGUCCCGGACUGAGCAGAAUGACAACUCGUCCCUCCUCAGUCCAACAGAGCUGCCUACCCCGCAGGACCCGAAGCUGGAACCUUUGCCUGAAGACACUGACUUCAGCACCACUGAACAUAUCAGAAUGGAGAAGCCAAAACUGGAGGUGUCUCCCCCCCAGGGCUCGGAGCAAUGCUCCAGUCUACAGCUCUCUGAGAGAGACUCGGAGAUCUGUGUCAGCACCGCCAGGUGCUGUCAGUACGCGCGCGCGGCGCACGCGGCGGGCGGCGGCGGGAGCUGCGAGCGGGACCGCGGCUCGCCCGCGCUCAUGCCCGUCUCCCCUGGUCGCUGUGAGGCGCGGGAAGCCAAGAUGGCGUCCCGGGUUCGACUCCGGCGCACCGAGGACACGGAGUCCAACCAGAUCUCCGAUGACGAGGCGUGGUGCGUGGAGGCGGCGGAGCGCCUGGCGCUCGACGUGUGCUCGCAGGCGGGGCUCCGGGAGGCGCUGGUGGCGGCCUCUAAUGGUGAUGAAUCGGUGCAGUCGGCGGCGGCGGCGGUGUGGCGCGCCCGAUGCCUGCGACUCGCGGCCGACUGCCGCGUGCUCGACUGUGCGCUCGCGCAGGCCGUGGACACCGCGCACAGGUUAUCAUGCGCAUGCGCGGUACAAGAGUCGUCGUCAGUGGCGCUGUGCAGCGCUUUGAGGGCUGCGGACCGAGCGCUGGAAACGUACGACGUGUUGCUGGCCUUGGCCGAGACGCAGAGCGACAACCAGCGGACUGAGAGCGAACGCGGCGCGGCGGAGGCGGUCGCUUGCCGGCUCCUGCGGCGGCUGGAGGCGGCGCCCGCGUGGGGCGAAGCCCUGCUCUCCCCGGGGCCCUGGCACAACCACCACCAGAACAGCGAAUCGGACAAGGACUUGGAGCCCUGGAGCCCUGAGUGCGAGUCUCGGCUCCGAGCGCACGCCGCGCGCCUCAAGCGAGACACCGUCGCGCUGAGGGAGCUUCGCCCCCCGCCUUCUUUCUACUCUCCACACGACAUGGAAGAGGCUGACUCUCGCUGCUCCGACACCGUCAGUAUGGAGGAGAUGGAGGCGGCCGUCACCAUGCAGGAGUUGUUGGUCGCUAAGGAAGCGGCGGCUAUGGAGCGAGCGGCGGCGUUGUUGAAGGAGAAGAGCAAACCCGCGAGACAUAGCGAGAACGACUGCGGGCGCCGGCGGCAUCGGGAGAGACACUGGCUCGACACACCAGCUUCGGAAACAGACUUAUAAAACACACCCGUGAUAAACUCAUGACACAAUCGUGACAAACUCAUGACGCUAAUGAUAAGCUCAUGAUACAUUAUGACAAACUCAUGAUCUUAUGAAUGAAACACAUUAAUUGUAUCACACUCAACUCAACACAAAAUGAUACCCGUGUGACAAAGUCACGAUACACCUGCGGAAAUCUCAUAUCAAAGUCAAAAUCAAAGUCAUUUAUUCAAAUUGGGUACUAUUGCACACUUUCUGAUUUUCUAACAAUGAUGUAGUGGUGAUAAUUAGUUACUUUAACUUAAAACUAAAGCUAGCUACAUGACACACUCAUUCAUAGUACGCCUGUAAAACACAAUAAUCCUGACACUUUCACUCAACCCACUACAAACUCACAUAUCUUUAUGACAAACUCAAAAUAUAUGUAUGACAAAGUCACACUCGUGUCAUUCUCAUGUCAUAUCCUAGUAUACAUAUAGUUAUAAUAUAAUGCAUACAUUUGGAGAACUCAUUCGCCAUAUUCGCUCCGUGUCGUUGCAAAAGUACGGUUUACACUUCUUUUUUUUUUCUCUCGUCU